AUGAGAAAGGGAAUUAUAAAAAGUUCAAAACUAGUCCUUGCAGCGAUGCUACUUUUCAUGGUGCUUCAAUUUCAGGCCAUUCAUGCAAGAGUUCGUCAUUCACAGCCAACCACAUAUAUAGUUGGAGAUGAAGAAGGCUGGGACAUGAUCUAUGACAUGGAAAGCUGGACUCAAGGGAAACCCUUCCAUGCCGGUGAUCUUCUCGUUUUCAAAUAUGAUGAUCAGAGGUUCAAUGUGGCGGUCGUAAAUCAAGAAGGGCACGACUCAUGUACCCUUAACGAUGGAGCCAAAGUGUUUGAUUCAGGGAAUACUAAUAUCAGUCUUGUGUUCGGAGCUAAUUAUUUCAUCGAUAGUGCUCCUGAAAUAUGUGCCGCUGGAAUGAAGAUGGCCAUCAACGCCACCGCACCACCCCCAUCAUUUUAGUUAUUUCAAAGCAUUUUUGUUUCUUUUGCAGCCAUUUAAUAAAAGCAUUUAGUUAUGUUUUAUUUGCGAGUAAGCAAAUGCUUGAGAGCCUUACUCAAUUGGCAUGAAACUCAAUAAUUAAAGUAUAAUAAAUAGUCGUUUGAGACUUUGAAUCAGAUAGAGUAUUAAGAUGUUAGAAUUCUUUGAUUUGAAACUCAAAUUAUGAGACUGGUUUUUUUUGUUUUCUUGGGAUUGGGAGAGAAAAGGGUAAGCAUGAAGAUGAUUAAAGGUGUU